AGGCACCUUACUGAAACCCUCACUCAGGCCUCAGCAAGCUAAAAAAGGAGGAAGAAAGAUGUUGCUCGACAAGAUGUGGGAUGACGUCGUUGCCGGGCCUCAGCCCGAUCGUGGCCUUGGCAAGCUCAGAAAGAUCAGCACCAAGCCCCUGACCAUAGGUGGGGGAGGAGAGACGAGCAAGUUCCAGAGGUCCAUAUCCAUGCCAGCAAGUCCUGGGACACCUACCACACCGGUGACGCCCACAACUCCGGCUUCGGUUCGCAAGGACAACGUAUGGAGGAGCGUUUUCCACCCUGGUAGCAACCUUGCCACUAAGGGUCUCGGUGCUCAGCUCUUCGACAAGCCACAGCCUAACUCCCCCACUGUCUAUGACUGGCUUUACAGUGGAGAAACCAGAAGCAAGCAUCGCUGAGGUGUCGGUCAACUAGGGUUGCCAUGUAAAUAUUGUCGUUUUGUUUCCCUAUCUGCACUGCAUCUUUGUCGUUUUAAUGGUUGCUGUGAGUAGUGACUAGUGAGUGCUUUCUAUGGCUACUAGCUGACUAGAAGUAUCCGAGCGUUUGUGAGUAAAUUGCUUAAGUGUGGAAUGUUAUCACGGCUGAUUGAUGUUCGCAAGUCGAGAUCUGCCGUGGACGGUGGCGAUGGAUCUACUCUUAUUAUUGACAUAAAUAAAUAGUUUAUUAUGUAUUUGUAAAUUUUUUUAUUGGGCUUCAUCUAUAUCCAUUUGUUAUUAUCAGUAAUGUAAAAGCUUGUGUAGCUUAGUGAUUAUCCAAGUUUAUGCUUUGAUUAA